UUUUGUUGUGUGUUUUGCUUUGCUGCCUUUUCGGUGUUCGAUUUUCUGUGACAGCGAAUGGUUAGGUGGUUGAAGUUGAAAUAAACAUUUUACGAUUUGGUGUCUAAUUUGUGCUUUUCUGCAUCACUAUGUUGAAUUAAAGUUAUUAAAUGACAAAUCUUACGGAAGCAAUGAGAGAGACACCGUCAGGACCAAUUCUUCACGUUAUUGUUGUCGGAUUUCAUCAUAAGAAAGGUUGUCAGGUGGAAUAUUCGUUCCCGCCGCUGGUCCCCGGAGCGGCCCCGGACUCGAACGUCUGCCCCCCGGGCUGGAAGUACCUGCCGACCCUCGCCCUGCCCGAUGGCUCGCACAACUUCGACGAGGACGCGGUGUACUUCCACCUGCCCAGCCUCACGGACCCCAAGCAGACCAUCUUCGGGAUAUCCUGCUUCCGGCAGAUCCCGGUCGAGAGGCUGAAGAACCGCACCGCGGACAUCACCCGGGGCACGGUGCAGAAGUCGGUGUGCGUGCUGAGCAGGCUGCCCCUGUACGGCCACAUCCAGGUGAAGAUGGCGCUCAUCACGCACGCCUACUUCGAGGAGGGCGACUUCAGCAAGGUGAAGCUGCUCCACGACACGUACCAGCACCUCAACUCCUGCCUGUCCGAGCUGGACUCGCAGCAGCUGUCGCCCCAGCUGUACGUGGGGCUGUCGGCCCGCGACCUGGUGCUGCAGUUCCGGCACAAGGCCCUGCUGCUCUUUAAGCUGCUGCUGCUGGAGCGACGGCUGGUGUUCUACCGGUCUCCCGUGCAGCCGCUGUGCGCCACCAUCCUGUCACUGCUGUCCCUGCACCCGGGCAUGGUGGAGCACGGCCUGGGCGAGUCUGCCUGCGUCAGACCUUCCAGGCCGAUGUCUCCGAUUCCCGAGUUCAACGAUUACAACAACGUUGUCGGCGGGGACAGCGGAAAGAAGGCUAAUUCGGGCAACUGGGAGAAGCUCUCGCCAGAGUCGAUGAGGAACGAACUGACGUCGGGUGCUGCCGAACUCGCGGAGGUUCCUGUCGACAGCGGGGACCAGGUGGUGCCCGGUCCGGAGGCGGUACCAGGGGACAUUUGCAACAUGAGGAAGGCGGAAAUAAGCAUAGUGGAGAGGCAGGAGACAGACGUUCCAGCGAGUGUUGACGAACAGCCCAGUGUUGUCGGUUUGUCGAACGACAGGCACGAACGGUUCGACGCCGUGGAAGUGGGUAAAGAAAUUUCUAGCAACGAGGAUGUUCUUUCCACGGAUGCUGUCGUCAAGACGGACGCUGAGAAACGCACACCAGGCACGCCCGCGGAGGACAGGUGGAUGGAGGUGUCCGCGGGCUGCACACACAAGCUGCGGGGCUCCAGCAGCCUGGGGAGCAUCGCGCUGCCCGCGGCGGCCGGGGUGAACCGCGACGGCAGUGCGGAGGCCAUCUGCGACACCAGCGCCGCGCAGAGCAACAUGGCGGCCGUGGCCCUGGUGCCGGCGGAGCAGUGUGGCGUGCCGCUCCCCAUCUUCACGCAGGGCUACCUGUGCCAUCCGUACCUGUCGCUGCCCUACCUGGACCUGCUGAGCGACGUGAACGUGCGCGGCUACGUCGUGGGGGCCACCAACAUCCUGUUCAAGCAGAAGAAGCAGCUGGCCGACGUCCUGGUGGAGGUGGAGGGGGGCCGGGUGGAGACCCAGGACGCCGAGCUCCGCCGGCAGCUGCACCUCACCACCGAGGACCUGCGCUUCGCUGACUUCGUGGUGCGCCACGUGACGGAGGAGCGGCACGACGUGUUCCUGGACGGCGUGGGCUGGGAGGGCGGCGACGAGUGGAUCCGCGCCCAGUUCCGCGUCUACCUGCUGUGCCUCAUGAGGACCUCGCUGCUGCAGGACGGCUGCCGGGAGGCGGAGCACUUCAACGCCCACUUCAUGGCCGCCUGGAAGGCCACGCACAACUACAAGAUGUGGGCCAGCGCGGAGCACGGCGGCAUCUGGGACCUGAACCCGGGUCACCCCUUCGCCGGCCAGCUGUCCGUGCAGGACAUGAAGCUGCGCCUGUCCCACACGAUGCAGAACACGGAAGGUGGCCGCAAGCUGAACCAGGCCAUGGCGUCGACGGGACGCGCCGUUGCGACGACGGGGCGGGCGGUCGGAGGGGCGCUGUCCCAGGCGAAGGGGGCCCUCAGCAGCUGGUGGAACACCUUCACGGCCCCGCAGAGUCCCGAGGGCGAGGCUCCGCCCCCCGCCGACUGCCCCCAGGAGGCCGUGGAGGAGGGGCAGCCGGCCGAGACGGAGCCCCGCGGGGCGGGCGAGCAGUAGCGUGCCGCAGCGCUCUCGUAACUAGUGGCGAGACUGCCCGUUUCCCCUUGCUUUCUGCAGCAUUUUCACCCGUUGUCCGAGAAACAUUUAUAAUGUCAAAACUUGGAAAAUCUUUAAUUGGUUUAAAGUAAUCCAUUAUCAACAACAUUAGUAAUAAUUCGUAAAUCUUGAGUUAAAAACAAACUCGUUUGAAGAAAAAAAAGGAAAAUUUGAAUUAUUGCCUCUAGUUGUAACACUAUCCCCGCACACUAUCAUUCCAGCAACCUUCAGACUGCUCAGCUCGAACGGACGGUUUGGACUGGACUGAGGCCCUCCUGCUCACACGGUCAGUUUUGUGGCUGCUGUCGUCAUUGGAUGUGUUGUCUCAUCGUGGAAUACGGAAGAAACUUUGUAUGUUGCUGUUGCAGUUGCACCUUCAGUUAGAAAAAAAAGAAGGGGGGGGGAAAAAAAUAGCAAAGAGUUCAAAGAAUACAUACAAAGAUGUCUGCCGUGACACUCGGCUGAUAGACUGACAGUUUGGACUGGUGAGAUGCUGUUCCCACACUCGGCAGUUUGGACUGGUGAGAUGCUGUUCCCACACUCGGCAGUUUGGACUGGUGAGAUGCUGUUCCCACACUCGGCAGUUUGGACUGGUGAGAUGCUGUUCCCACACUCGGCAGUUUGGACUGGUGAGAUGCUGUUCCCACACUCGGCAGUUUGGACUGGUGAGAUGCUGUUCCCACACUCGGCAGUUUGGACUGGUGAGAUGCUGUUCCCACACUCGGCAGUUUGGACUGGUGAGAUGCUGUUCCCACACUCGGCAGUUUGGACUGGUGAGAUGCUGUUCCCACACUCGGCAGUUUGGACUGGUGAGAUGCUGUUCCCACACUCGGCAGUUUGGACUGGUGAGAUGCUGUUCCCACACUCGGCAGUUUGGACUGGUGAGAUGCUGUUCCCACACUCGGCAGUUUGGACUGGUGAGAUGCUGUUCCCACACUCGGCAGUUUGGACUGGUGAGAUGCUGUUCCCACACUCGGCAGUUUGGACUGGGUGCUCUCGAGCUCACAGUCCGAUUGGGAAGCGAUCAGUUCCGACUGGUAAGUUCCGACUGACAGUUCAGACGAUCAUGUGCUGGGGGCCUUUAGUAACCUUAGCCCAUGAUCCCUGACAAUUUUCUUUUCCUUCAUAAAUAUCACUUUCACGUUACUCAUAGAUAAAUCAGAACGUUUUGGAACCAGUUGGAAAUAUUGUAAAUAAGCUCUUCUUUACAUGUACUUUAGUGACUUUAUUUCCUGAAAAUAAUUAUAUUAAAGUUCCAAAUCAUCUCAAGCUUGUUGUGUACGAUUCACCCGAAUGAUGGCAGCUUUUGGACUGAUGGAUUUAGGUAGUCAUUGGCAGCUGUUUUUUUUUUUGUUAGCAUGGCUAUAAUUUGUGCAAGUUCCUAGUCUAAGUUGCCUGGUCGUAAACAUGUGCAAUACGAGGAAGAUGGAGAUAUUUAUUUUCUAUCAGAUUAAGGAUUUUCGUCAAAGUGUUUGUUAAUCUCAGAUUUAAUUUUAUGUCAUUUGCAGUGUAUUAGUUUUGUGGUAUGUUGUGUGUAUUGGUUAUGUGUUACACAAAUAUUAGCGGAGGGUGCUAAAUAUUAGUGAAAAAAAAAUUAAGUGCAUAGCCCCUAAACCUCUACCUGUUUUCAACUGAACUAGAUCUGUGUGGAAGAAAUGGUAUAAAUAGUAAAUGAUUUGUUGCAUUACAUACGUGGCAAAGCUGGAAACUUUUGAACUAAAGAAUAUCUAAGUUUUGAUAUUUAAGGUAGUGUGGUGAUUUUUCUUUUUCAGGAACAAUUUUUGCAUUUUUCUAUGUUUUUACUCUCACCAAUUUUACAAUAUGUACUUUAAACUAAGAGGUCAUCAAUUUAAUCCACUUAUAUAUUUUAGUUGUUAGUCUCACAAUCAAAAUUAACAUAUGAGUCCAAUAUUCACUUCAGUUUUUGUAAUAAAUAUUUUUUUCAAAAAGUGAAUGUUAUUGUUGAUGUGUUAGUUUGACUGAUAGUUCCAACAAUACAGCACUGCCUAGCAGGUUUUGGUCAUGUUGUUUUAUUGGUGGUCAGCGCAUUUAUCUGUCCAAACCACUCCGGUCUUAAUUUGAGGAGAUUAUCUAUUACUACGUACUGCUUCUUAUAUAUAUAUAUAUAUAUAUAUAUAUAUAUAUAUAUAUAUAUAUAAAAAAUUGUUUUACUUGUCUUGUAGGUAUUUUAUUGAAGCUGCUUAGAAUUUGAAGGCUAUUCCUGGAAAGUAAUUUUGGUUUGUUUCAAGUUGUCAUGUUAGGGAGUGUUGAGAAGGUCUUAACAAAAAAAAAUGCUUCUUUCGGUUUCUCAUUUUGCUUCCCACAAGGGUUAUUGUGUGAAAUAGGUGAUCAAUUUGGAAUUUUAUUCAUUGUAAAAUUUCGUUUAUGACUUAAUAUAAAAAAAAACUCUUCACAAUUGGACUGCUCACAAGUAUUGACAUUAUGGUAUGUUAAGCAAUUGUGGGAGCCAGGAAAGAAAAUUAUAAGAAGUAAUCCAUGUACAUUCUGUACUGACUUAAUCACAGAAGUGAAACUACUGUCAGAAGGUCUUAACGCAGCUGCUACGAUUUCCUGUUUACUGCCGUGCCACCGUGGCUGUUGCAUCUCUGUACAGUCGUCAUUAGCUUCGUGUCCAAUCUUCACACACGGUCCUGUUCGAGGGGAAGUUAGAAUAGACCUUCAUGGGGCAUUGGAUGUGAUUUAUUGGUGACACUGUCUGGGUGUCUUCUGCAGAGGGAGGCAUUCUUCAGUACAAAAGUUGAGUCGGCUCUUCAAGAUGCUAGAUGCCAAACAUGUGUAUGCACGAAACUCAUCGAUAUCUUUCAAUACUUACUAGUCACGAUUUAUAAUCCACCAAUCUCAUUGACAUCUUUAAAUACUUAACUAGUCACGAUUUAUAAUCCACCAAAUCACGAUCCUCCGCUGACCAUCGCAGCUCGGGGAAGCUGAUAGGACCAUGUAAAUGUUGCGUCUGCAGAAAAUAAUUGUUUUAAUUUCUGUACGUGUCCAUCAUUCAACAAGUACAUACCAGCGUUCCUUCCCAAUUUUUUUAAUCAUUAUUUCCUUGGGGUAUUCCCGCUUCUCUUAUGAGUACAUUCCAUCCCUGCUCUGUCUCUUAGUUUCACUCAUUGUCCGUCUAGACGUUGAGGAGACGUUCAACCCAGAGCCAUGACCCACCCCGACUUGUAUGUGUUGUGAAACAGGCUGUACUUAAAAUAAAACUAUAGUAAUGGUUGCAGCUCAAUUUUGUUUUUGAUUAUCGUUUAAGUGUUCUUCUAGUGUACUGUUGCUACUUAUUUUUGCAGUGUCAAAGCAGAUUGUUUUUAAACCCAGAUGCUCUUUUUCCUGCAACAAAUGACAUUAUCAGUAAUUUUUAAAAUUCCUAUUUGCUUGUCUUACCCAAAUCUCUUGCUGGAAAACUUAACCAAGCAAGUGGUAGAGUUUUAAGUUUAACAAUCUCAAAAAAUAUAAUACACAAUAGUCGUACCGUAGUACCGACAGUCAGUCGUACGGACGGUUGGCAAUGUAACAGUGUGACAAGCAUCAGUUUUCUGGGGCGGAUCACGUAAAGUUUUGAACCCCCGAAAUUGUGUGCUGUUGCCCAACUUUGUGGAACCUUUAUGCCGAGAUUUGCGUGAUGAUGUAAAUGUGCAAAUUUUUAAUGGUAAUAAUUACAGGACUCGGGGGUACUUAAAUGUUGGCCAGUGUAGCUAGAUUGACUACUUGAGUAGUAAGUUCUGUACUAGGCUUGUUGACUCUUGUACUGCGGGCUUGACAAUCGAGUUGAAUUGGUCUUCGUGCCCAAGUGUCGUAAAACAAACAUAGCGUACGGACUCACAUUGUUCGUGAUCUAGCCAACCACGUUCAAACAGUAAUGAGCUGCUUGUAAACGUAAACUAAAACAAUGUUUCGCAUUAGAGAAAUAUUGAAAACUAAGAGUACAUUGCAGUGUUUGAAUUUUUAAUGCUGUUGUUGUGUACUGUUGACGUUUAGAUUAAAAUUUAGAAAUCAUUUGCAUUUUGAGAUAUCAGGUUUGUUGUAAAAUAUGUUUUUUGAUAAUACUAGAGAAAAAUUUUAAUUUAGUUGCAGUAGUGAUACGGUCAUCAUGAAUUGAAAGCAGAUUUAGGUCUUGCUUGAAAUAAAUGCUUUGACAGUAAGUGGUAUAAAGUAUGUGUACUUGUGGUGAUACAUAUGCUUUCAGCUGUAGUGGGUGUAUCCCAGGCUAAAUUAAAGUCAUAUUUUGUGUGUUUAUGGUAAUAUUGAUUAAUUUAUUCAAAGUUAAGUUUUCGAUAUAGCUGGAACGGAUAAAACAUGUUUGACUCUUUUUGGAGGUGAGGUUAUAAAACUUGCAAACAAUAACCAGAUUACCUAUAUUUUGUUGUGUUUCAGCUUUAUUUUGUAAAUUGUAUUUAAUUAAUAUAUUCAUAAUGCAUUUGGCAGUGAUAAGACAUGUGAUGACUGAUUAUGAUAAUUUUUUUAUAUCAUGUUCUGUGUUUUUCAAUGCCUUAGAUUCUAAAAUCUAAAAUUUUACUUGUUUAAGAAAUUAAGUAACAUUGAUAGAACUUCUGUGUGUGUGUAUUUUUGUUAUUAAUGCCGAUAAUUUUAUGUUAAAGUCAGUUAUUUAUUUAAUUUGUAUAUAUAUCUUUUGUUUGUAAUAGUGUUACAUAUUAAUGGGAUGUUAUUUUCUUUGUACUGUUUAGUAUAUGUGUAAAUGUUAAAAAAAAAUAGUUUACUUUGUUUGUCAAUGUUUUGUUGAACAAUCUUCAGAGUUGUAAAUCUUUAACUGUUUAAAAUAUACGUUAACUUGUAAUGAUA